GAAUUGAAAAAGCACCCGUGAAUAGGCUACCAGUGCAGCUUGUAAGCUUUCUUGACUUGGACAUACAUUUUUGCCAACACAUAGCUAACCUUUCAGCGAAAACGUGUUUUGGAGUUACCUUUUGUAGUUAAUAGGUUAUUUUAGAGUUUACACUUACACGUCCAAUUAUAAAUGUGGCUGCUGGUAAGCUUUUUUGAUUUGGGCAUAACGUAAAUUUUUGCUAGGUAAAAAAAAGGUAAAAAAGGUUAAAAAAAAAAAGACUCUUCAGAGAGUCUGUCGAAAUUGGGCAACAUAAAUAUGAAUUGCUCAUUUGCUACGUGAGGCUUAUUUGAUCGAAUAGAAGUUUCAUCAUGGUUAGGUUGUUAUAAAUGCACUGAUAAGUUGGCGCACGUGGCAUUUUGGCAACUUACCCAGUAAACGACCAGUAUACCGGAGUUGCGCCUGCUGUCAUAGAGCUAGAUAGAGGACUCAUCGUGAGUAUUGCCACCAUUUUAAUGUACUUAACUGGGUGGGCAUUCCUAUAUGAGUUGGGAGCAUUCAGCAAAUGAACAACCAUUUACUUCUUUAAAAUUGAGAUAGCCUCAAUGGCGCUUUCACAGACUGUAAUAGCACAGAUACAAAGAUGAAUCUUCUAUUUAUCUCUAUGGUCUGUUCACACGGGUAUCUGCCCUCUCAUUGGCUAGAAUGGUCCCACCUGAUCUCACCUCUCGCCUGCCUUCCAUCUUUGAGGACAGGCAUUUCCAUUGUUUGAGCUGUCACUCGAAUAUCAAUAUAAUAGACAAUCUUUGCGAUAGCUCACAUUUUUUUCUCAAGAGAACUGCCUUUUAUCUUUCAGUGUACAGCAAAAAUGUGUCUGACUGUACCAUUAGAAAUGGUUUCCUUGGUUUGCAAUUGAUUUGCUUUGUUGCACAUGACUGGUGUACGCAAAAAAGAAGCGAAGUACAUUUUCAUAUUAAUAUAAAUUAAAUUGACCGAGUUUCUCAUUACAUCUACCUCCAUUUGUUUAGUAAAUGCAUCAACAUUCCCUGGCAAGAUCAUGCGUUUAAAUUCGUAUAUUGAACCAGUGCCUCUAUUGGGCAGCGCUUUUGUGAAGUAAAUGUGCAUGUGAUCAGGGCACAAUCGCGCACAUCUUUUACAUACCUGUGCUGUGCACCACCUGUCGCUCGCGCCACUGACGCAGCUGGUCAUAUUUGCCAUUCCCUAGAUUUGUUUUAGGUCAACGGCAUAGUUAGAAGAUAUGGGAGUGGAAGCACAGAGUGUCACAAAUGGACAAAGCAGAGCAGAAAGCCUUUCGUUUGACUUUACGUCUUGGUGGCGCCACGACAUUAUAUCGACCUGUUUUUCAAACAGACAGAACGUUUGCAUCUCGACCGGACUCGUCUGUUUGUCCGUGCUUCUUUUGAUAAUAUCCUGUUUUAUGCUGGUAUGUCUGAGAUGCAGAGGCCGGGACAGGAAUUCCGGCAAGGAGGCAGCCUGUAUCCUCUACUGUUUCUUUGGAAAUUUGUGCAGCACCAUCGGGGCAUUUCUCUCCAAUCAGCUGGCUCUUCAGGUCAUAAUGGGUGGUUUUAUGGCAGCUGUAGAAGUUAUUCAUUUCAUCUCCAUCUUCCCGAUAUUUUUGCGUUGGAACACCAGAGCAGAGAAGAGGCUGAGGAUGAUGAAGAGGAGGAGGAGGCAGAACUUCAUGGCUGUGUCUCUGCUGUUGGUGGUGGGUGGAGGGAGCUACCUAACCUCCAGGACCAGCCAUGGGCUUGUAGACAGACCUCUCACUGGGAGAAGACUUCUUCUCACUGACCUCCUGCAUGACCAUAUGGAGGUCCUCGGUUACAUUCUUGGUCUACUCUCUUUUGUGAUUGCCUGGACCUCUAAGUUCCCUGACCUCUCCAGAGCACACAGAGGGGAGAGUUCAAGGGCACACGUGUCCUCUGGGUUGCUGUGCUCUUUGGCCGGUGCCCUCUACACCUCGGCCAUAUUACUUUACGACACCCAGUAUGAGUUUGUACUGAGAGCCAUGCCGUGGCUCCUGGCGUCAACGUGCUGUGCAGCCCUGGAUCUUGCUAUUGUGGUCCUGUCCUGGUGUAGGAAGGGUACCCCUGAGCUGCAGCCUGGGGGGGGUUCUCCAGAUACAGAGAGUCUCCUGGGUGGCUCCUCUCCCCCCAGUCAGCACAACUCCAGUGGGAAGACAAAACAAAAACACCCAUUGGACUUGGAUGGAGCUCCUCCCCGGGUUCUCUCCAGUAAGAAGAAUCUAAAGUUUGCUGACAUGGGGCAUUACAUGGAUGUCAACAUUCAACCCAUGCGAAAGGUGUGUCUAAAGGAGGUGACUCUCUCUAGGGAGGAGGGGGUUUCAGAGAGCCUUCCCCUCAGGAGGACAGUGAGGGUAGUGAGAGUGGAUGAACCCUGCACCUCCGAAACGUUCUCAGACUCCUCAUCCCUCAACUCGGAUCUGGAGUGGGAUUUUGAAGACGCAAAUGCACAGUGGAACAAACUGCUAAAAGAGAACGUGGAUGGGUUUCCCCUGCAAGAAUGGCCGAAGAACCCAAGCCCAAAACCCACCUGCAGCUGUGGUGGCAUCAUUUGACAGGCUGGGAAGCGGGUAUAAAGCAGAGUGGGUGAAGUGGUGUGAUAAUUUCAAACACUGGUGAAUGACCUGGUGACACUUCCUCAUUACAUCACAUGGUCAGAUCUGUGUUUUGGAUUGUGAAUAUAAAGAUAAUAAAAGUACAAAAAUUGAUCUUCCAUCAAA